CCCAUCGUCUCCCCUGUUCUGCUCUCUAUCAAAAAACAAUGGUCUUCACGUCUUCAUUUUUGUGCUUGGUCAAAACUCACUCCAACUUCAAAGCAAACCCCUUUAUCUCAUUUUUAUUUUGAGCUGCGAUCACGAAGCCACUGCGGAAAAUGGGUUCCCUCCUCUUCUCCGUCCUCAUCCUCUGUCUCAUUCCCCGUUCGUCUGGGCUUCAGCUAUGCACUGAUUCCAUGGCUCCCGUGACGUUGAAGGCUCCUCUGGAUUUUUGUGGUUAUAAUGGGAGUAGCUGCUGCGGCGCUGCUGAUGACUCGGCAAUCCAGAAGCGGUUCAAGGCCAUGAAUAUCUCUGACUCUGCCUGCUCUUCUCUUGUUCAAUCCAUUCUUUGUGCUAAAUGCAAUCCAUAUUCAGCAGAUCUAUUCGCUACCUCCGGCUCAAAACUCCGAACAAUUCCAACACUCUGCAACUCUACUUCCUCCAUUAGCACUGCAGAAUCCAAAGACACUUCAGCCGACUUCUGUGCACAAGUCUGGGACACUUGCAAAGAUAUAUCAAUAACCAACUCCCCUUUUGCUCCAAAAUUGCAAGGAAGUACUCCAGAAUCCUCGUCGUCGUCUUCUUCAUCCAAGCUCACUGAUCUCUGGCAAUCGAAAUCAGACUUUUGCAGCUCAUUCGGAGGCUCAUCAGAUGAAAAUUCACUGUGUUUCACUGGAAAAUCAACAUUUUUCAACAAUUCGACGACAAAUUCUCCUCCCCCUAAAGGACUUUGUCUAGAGAGAAUUGGCAAUGGAUCUUAUCUCAACAUGGCACCUCAUCCCGAUGGAUCAAAUCGCGUAUUUUUAGCUAAUCAAGCCGGUAGAAUUUGGCUUGCAACUGUACCUGAACAAGGAUCCGGAGGAACAUUGGAUUUUGAUGAGUCCAGUCCUUUUUUGGAUAUAACUGAUGAAGUUCUAUUUGACUCUCAAUUUGGGGUUAUGGGUCUUGCAUUUCAUCCGGAUUUUGCUAAUAAUGGACGGUUUUUUGCUUCGUUUACUUGCGAUAAGGUUCAGUCUUCUAGUUGUUCAGGGAGAUGUGCUUGUAAUACUGAUGUUGGUUGCGAUCCUUCGAAGCUUGGGUCUGAAAAUGGAAUCCAACCUUGUCAGUAUCAAACUGUGAUUGCUGAGUUUAGUGCAAAUAGUUCAUCGUCAACGCCCUCUAAGGCGACGGAUGCUAGUCCAUCCGAAGUACGAAGAAUUUUUACAAUGGGUCUUCCUUUUACAUCACACCAUGGAGGGCAAAUUCUAUUUGGACCUGAAGAUGGAUAUUUGUACUACAUGAUGGGAGAUGGAGGGCGAAAAGGAGAUCCUUUCAACUUUUCGCAGGAUAAAAAAUCAUUGCUUGGGAAAAUUAUGAGGCUUGAUGUCAAUAACAUACCAAGUGAAACUCAGAUAAGUGACCUGGGUCUAUGGGGAAACUACUCAAUUCCUAAAGACAAUCCAUCUGCUCAAGAUAAAGAUCUACAAGGUGAAAUCUGGGCAUUGGGUCUAAGAAAUCCAUGGCGAUGCAGUUUCGAUUCAAACAAGCCUUCUUACUUUUAUUGUGCAGAUGUUGGCGAGGAUACAUAUGAAGAAGUAGAUUUGAUCACUAAAGGGGGAAACUAUGGAUGGCGAGUAUAUGAGGGUCCUCUUCGUUAUAAUCCCCCUUCAACUCCCGGAGGAAAUACAUCUGCGUCCUCUAUCAAUGCCAUACCUCCAGUCAUGGGCUACACUCACUCUGACUUGAAUAACAGUGUUGGAUCGGCUUCAAUCACUGGCGGGUACGUGUACAGGUCCAUGACAGACCCGUGCAUGUUCGGAAGGUAUUUGUAUGCAGAUCUUUAUGCAGGAGCGAUGUGGGCAGGCAUCGAAAACCCAGAAAACAGUGGAAAUUAUACGGCCAACAUGAUUCCUUUCAGCUGUUCAAAACGAUCUCCAAUCCCUUGUGAAACUGUUGCAGGGAGCUCUCUCCCAGCUCUAGGAUAUAUAUACUCAUUUGCUGAAGACAAUAAUAAAGAUUUGUUCGUGUUGACGAGCAAAGGUGUGUAUAGAGUUGUACCUCCUAGUCACUGCAGUUACAGCUGUCCAAAGGAGAAGAUAACCAACAAUAACAAUCCAGCACCGGGGCCUUUGUCGUCUGCAGGCAAAAUUUUGAACCAGCAAAUGAAUCUGAGAUACUUGUUCGUGUUUGUUUUCGUUGUUUUGUUGAAUUUUAGGUUUUAAAUAGGUUAUUUUGUAUGUAUAAUAUGAUAAUGUUUCUAUUUGUAAGAGAUUUUGAUUCAUAAUGAGGUUGUUGUGUGUUGUAAAUUUACAGUAUUUCUGCGAUUUGCUAAUUUUUAUUGA